GAGGAAGUGGACAGUUUGAGUCCUGUUCUCAGGGACAACCCUCAGCUUCAUGAAGAGGUCCGGUUCUGGCUCAAAGAUCAAAAGGUUCAGGACAUUUUUUUGCAAGGUCCGUAUUCAUUAAAUGGUUACCGAGUUCGUGUUUACAGACAAGACUCGGCCACUCAGUGGUUCACAGGGAUCAUCACACAUCAUGACCUCUUCAGCCGUAAUAUGGUUGUGAUGAAUGACCAGGUUCUAGAGCCCCAGAACGUUGACCCCUCUAUGAUCCAGAUGACCUUUCUGGACGAUGUGGUCCACUCUCUGCUGAAAGGAGAGAACAUCGGUAUCCAGUCCCGACGCAGGUCCCGUUCCAACCAGAACAACUCUGCCCAUGGUCACUACACCCGCGCCCAAGCCAACAGCCCCAGACCAGUCAUGAACUCCUCUGGCGGGGCAGUGAAGCAGGGGUCAGGGGUCACCACCCAGCAGGGUCAAGGUCAGGGCGGGUCCCAGAGCCAGCACUCCCCUUGCCAGGAACAGACGCAGCACCGCGGACCUGGCUUCUCCAGGAGGAAGGGAUCUGACAGCAGUGUCCCUGAUGAUGACUUCAAGGGAGACAACGUGGACUGUAACGAGAGAGCAGGGAGAGGAGGUGAGGAUGAUGGGGAAGAUAGAACAAGAGACUUCUUUAAAAGUACAAGCAGCAAGCAAGUGGCUGUGAACAAGCGGAGGAAAGCGGAGGAGGAAGAGGAGGAAGAGGAGAAUAAAUCAGGUUUGAAAAGACUGAGAAGCGAGACUACAGUGAGGUCUGACUUCUCUGAGAGCAGUGACUCUGAGAUGUCUACCAAUAGAACCAGGACGGCAGACUCCUCCUCUUCCUCAGAGCAGAACUCAGAGGAGGAGCUAAAAGGAAAGACCGGCCAGGAGGGCACAAGACCCAGGGUUCUAAGACUGGGAAGGAGUCUGCUCUGACAGGCAGUCUCUCCCCUGG